AUGUCAGCACGAGGGUCUCGGUGGUCGGCUGCGGCGGCUUACGGUGCGCUACCCGGCGCCCCCAUCGCAGAGAUCCACACGCGCAAAUGGACCAAGCAGCCCAAGACAGUAGGUCACCUGAACAUCCCCAAGUGGAUCCCUGGUAGGAUGUCUGCAAUGGGACGAGUCGGCGACAACCCGACGGAGGCUCUGCAGAAGGGAGCAUUCAAGAAGUCGAAGGGACGCAAGCGCGGCGCAGGAGAAGUAGGACGCAUGACGCGCAGUGUUCGUCAGCAUAUGGCCGCUCCCUUGGAACUGUUAUCCGAGUACCCCGUCCGCGUCCACUCAUCACGUCAGACAUCCCCUGCUCGGACGGCGACAGCAUUAUCCACAUCUGCGCGAACGCCUGUACCGAUGCCGUCACCUGAUGCGGCGCCAGUGGACGCUACUGCCUUUCUCGGGGAAGAUCCAACCGCCUCAAGUGCGCCGACGACCGCUCCAGGUCAGACCCAGCAGGAAUAUGCCGCGACUGAACCCACUAUGCAGCCAGCAACGCUGUCGUUGCAAAACGCAAUGAAAGCUGAAGUAGCUGCCGUUACUACUGAAGCAGCAUCAUCGUCUACCUCGACGCUACAAAUGAUGCCGAUAAUGCCACCUGUGUCCAGUCAAAUGAUGGCCGAUGUGCCGUCGGAUGAACAGCUUGAAAUGGUUCUCGACGACCUCCCGAUGCUCGAUGCAGACGAUAGCUUCAAUUUGGAUGCGCUAGAUCCUGCCUUUUUACCGACCCCAGCGCCGACAGGGGCCCCACCAACUAGCGGCCAGUAUUCCAGUGGCACUUAUUCAGAGCAGCAGUCGGUUGAAAACUCGUCGGCCUCGGUCAGCGAAGACGAUGCGUCUGCCAACUCGGGCUCGUCGAUGCCAUCAGCAUCUCCUCAGUCUUCCCCCGGAAUGAUGUCUCAAUCACCGUCACCCUAG